AUGCGCCAGGAAAUGUUUAUUAGUUUCGUCAUUUCAUUAAUUCAGGUUUGUCAGUCGUUUGCUUCACCGAUCUCAAAAGAUGCGAACGAUUUUAAUCCAACGGAUCAUUAUGCUCCUACGAAAAAUUUGAAGGAGAAAAAAAGCUUGUUUAAUUUCCUUGGUUAUGACAAUUCCGUUUUCCCUAAUGAUUGCAAAGGCUCAAUGUUAUGCCCUAUGCUACGAGGCGAAAGUCGAGCCUGUCCUUAUGCUUAUAUGAAGUACAAUCGUACACUAAUAUAUCAUGGGUACACCUCCUAUACAGCGAACUGGUGUACUGCGAUAUACAAAUGUGACGGUGACUAUCCUAGCCGCACGGGUAACGAAAUCAUAGAGCAAUUUGAUCAACUUGAUUUACAAUGUGCUUCUUGUGGAACUCGACACUUUGAAGAUGAAUCGACCGGAACGCGCUGUUAUGUGCGACUUAAUUACUGUUACCCUGAUUGUACAGAACUUCUACCUGAAACUACAGAAUAUGAGUACAAAGAGCCUGUUCGAGAUUGGUAA